CGCUCCAGACGUUUGAGAUACGCGCACCACGGAAAAUGUGACCGAGCGUCGUCGUAUCGAUACCUACCGGAGUCACUAUUUUCGUGCCCGCGCUCUCAAGUGACACCUGCUCCGAAAGCGAGGCUGUCAGGGGACAGGGUUGAUACAAUUUCUACAGCGCGCGCUGACUCGAUUCGGCAUUUGUGAUACUUUGUGAGCAGCUGAUGCGCGUGUCAGGACUCGUCGCGUGAUGAAGAUGUAAACGAGGACGCGCUAGUCGGGAUUUAACUGAAGAAAAGUGAUUUUUACGCAUAUUUGCCGAUACAUUUACACAUAUACAUUGGACACAGUGUACCAGAGUGAAGUGACACAGUUUCUGUCGAUUGUCGAACAAAUUUUGCGUGAUGAAGCUACACGAGAAGAAAGAAUCGGGCAUUCACAGAGUGCAAGAGGUGCCUCUCGAGGAACUGGACUUAUCGAAGGAGUACAAUGUGGAGAAGACUCUGGGCGAGGGUAGUUUCGCGAAAGUCCUAUUGGCGACGCACAGGGCCACCCAGACAAGGGUGGUCUUGAAAGCGGUUCAUCAAGAACUCACGUCGGAAAAGGAUUUCUUCCGAGAGUUCCAUUAUUCGUACCACCUCAGCCCGCAUCCCAAUAUACUAUGCUCGUACGCCGUCGCCUUUAAAGCGGAUAAAUGUUUCGUAUUCGCGCAGGAAUACGCGCCCUACGGCGAUCUCGCCGGCAACGUGAAAGCCGGCGGUAUAAGCGAGGAUGCCUGCAAGAGAAUCGCCGGUCAGCUUGCCUCGGCCCUCGACUUCAUCCACUCGAAACAACUGGCCCAUCGCGACAUCAAGCUGGAAAACGUGCUAGUGUUCGCGCAGGACAUGAGCAAGGUGAAGCUAUGCGAUUUCGGGUGCACGAGGCGCGAAGGCACCCUCGUGAACAAGAUUCGUUGUACCUGGGUGCCGUUUCAACCGCCCGAGAUUCACGAAAUCAUCAAGAACGAAAGGUAUGCUUGCAAGAGGAGCUCGGACUGCUGGCAGUUUGGCAUCGUCCUCUUCGUUUGUUUGACCGGCAAUCCGCCGUGGCAGAGCGCCGACCCGAUCCAAGACCCGGACUACUCGGCCUUCCAACGAUGGCUGAAGCGACGCACCACCAAGAUCCCACCGACUUUCCGUCGCUUCACUCCUAGGUUACUCCGAUACUUUAGGCGAGCGUUUGAACACAAGCCGGAGAAGAGGCCGCAUGUGACCGAGAUCAACAAGUACCUAAAGGACUCGUGGUGCAUCAGUAAGAUCAGCCACAGUGCGACGUCGACGUCGGUCGAUGUAAGCGAGAGCCUCGCCAGGCGAGGCGACAGUCUGCUCUAUCUCGAUACCAUCUUGGACGACCGGCACAACGUAGAUGAGAACAAGAACAAGCUGAGAAAGUUGCUCAACAGUUACGGCCUGGAGACUACGGUGGACCAGAAAGUCGUCACCAAGAGGAUAUGGGAGUGGGUGAUGCAAUGCGAUUCUAAUAUGGACACAGAGCCCGGUCUGAUCGGCAGUUUCAGCACGGAGGACAUGUGAGAGAUAGUGAGAACUUGCAGCGAGCCGUGCCUUCGGGUCACCCAGGAAGAACGGAGUACCAAGUUCCGAAUGGGCAGCUUUUACAUGCCGACCUCGUACAGAUGUGCCAAAUAAUCAGCUGGAGUUACCUAGCCGAGAGACAUUUUCCGGAAAAUUCAUUCGACGAGUGUACCGCGAGAAAAGCGGAACACGACUCUGUUCCAGCGACAUUUCCAGAGUGUCGAAAUCUAAUCACAGGCGGACCAAUUAUUGAUGAACUUCCUUAAUUAGAAUUAAGUAUGAAGAGCGCAGAAAACCUCGAGAGACUAUUGAUAUUUGUAUUGAUCGAUGUUGAAAACGAUAUAAGUCACAAUUAAUAUUCCUAAAAAGUUUCAUACGCAAAGGAUAUCACGGAGCUGUUUAAAAGACAUUUUUCAGUCUCUCAAGCGUACCUUCACAUUUAGAAUUUCAUGUUGCUUUCGAAACAAAAAGGAAAUACAUCUCUUGAUCGUAAGAUGCUCUAGCAGUUAAGUGUAAAUGUGAUAUACAAAUAUCUACAUAGAGGGAGAGAGAGAGAGAGAGAGAGAGAGAGAAUUUGUGGAAGAAUGUGAUGAACUGAUAAUUAGCUUGAUGUACUAACUAUAGAGACAAUAAUGCCGGUGCAUAUGAUUUUUGCGUUAAUCAGUUGUCCUGGUAAACUGAUGGUCUUUAGUGAUGCCUUAUGCGCAAUUAGGCGCGAGGUUAGCUCCUUAAAGAUAUUUUGUAUAUAAUUCAACUUUGAAAUCCGUUUCUCUUUAUAUUACUUAGUAUAAUCUUUAUUGUUAGACAAGAGAUAAGAAAGCAAGAAGACUGUAUAAUCCCGGGAUUUCCAGACCAGAAAUCCUAACUCCAAACGUAGCACGAUUGUGAAGACACUUUCGGAAACACACAAUCGAAUCUUAUUUCAUAACAACCAGCGGACGGGAGCAAUUUUAAUUGCUGCGCAAACUGCGAAAUAUAUAUCGCUUUAUUUUUCAAAAUUUCUAUCAAAAUAUAAGUUCAAUAAAUGAUUCGCCUCGAGAACAAAUGCCGAAAACGUUUGAGAAAUCUGGCAGAGCCGAGAGAUGCGAUUAGGAAUCACGACGCGAGAUGGACGAUUAACGGAAGUAUCGUUACCAGCAAGAUGUAAAUCACACAAAUGUAGAUACAUUUACAUAGCCAGGUAUAUAUUCGCAUUCGUGCUAGACAUGUAUAUACAUAUACGUGUGUACGUAUAUACGUAGACAAAUAUAGUACACAUAUAUUCUUGUAGCGGUUUAUGGUGUAGCGCAUAGAGGUUCCGUUUGUAAAAUUAGUUACGCCAUUUCGUAACGGUGAUAUAGGCAUAGCGUAAUAUUGCAUGCACGUUGCGAUUUCAACCGUUGUAAUAGUCUUUCGUUAACGAUCCCGCAUUAAAACGCCCAGGG